AUGCCGGGAGCUUCGGCGAAAGGCUCCGAAUUGUCCGAGACAAUCGAGAGCUUCGUGGAGACCCUGAAGCGGGGCGGCGGGCAGCGUAGCUCUGAGGACAUGGCUCGGGAGACCCUAGGGCUACUACGCCGGAUCAUCACGGACCAUCUCUGGAGUAACGCUGGGGAGCUGAUGGAGUUGAUCCGCAGAGAGGGCAGGAGGAUGAUGACAGCACAGCCCUCCGAGACCACCGUGGGAAACAUGGCGCGGAGAGUGCUCAAGAUCAUCCGCGAAGAGUAUGGCAGACUACAUGGACGCAGCGAUGAGAGCGAUCAGCAAGAGUCCCUGCACAAGCUCUUGACAUCCGGAGGCUUGAGCGAGGAUUUCAGUUUACAUUAUGCCCAGCUUCAGUCCAACAUCAUUGAAGCAAUUAAUGAGCUGCUGGUGGAGCUAGAAGGCACAACAGAGAACAUUGCAGCCCAGGCUCUGGAGCACAUCCACUCCAACGAGGUGAUCAUGACCAUUGGGUUUUCAAGAACAGUAGAGGCCUUCCUUAAAGAAGCUGCCCGAAAGAGGAAAUUCCAUGUUAUUGUGGCAGAGUGUGCUCCUUUCUGUCAGGGCCAUGAAAUGGCUGUCAAUUUAUCCAAAGCUGGAAUUGAGACAACUGUCAUGACUGAUGCUGCUAUUUUUGCUGUUAUGUCAAGAGUUAACAAGGUGAUCAUUGGCACAAAGACUAUCCUGGCCAAUGGUGCCCUGAGAGCUGUGACAGGAACUCACACUCUGGCACUGGCAGCGAAACACCAUUCCACUCCACUCAUCGUCUGUGCGCCUAUGUUCAAGCUUUCCCCACAGUUCCCCAAUGAAGAAGAUUCAUUUCACAAGUUUGUAGCUCCUGAAGAAGUCCUCCCUUUUACAGAAGGAGAUAUUCUGGAAAAGGUCAGCGUUCACUGCCCUGUGUUUGACUACGUGCCCCCAGAGCUCAUUACCCUCUUUAUCUCCAACAUCGGUGGGAACGCACCUUCCUACAUCUACCGCCUGAUGAGUGAGCUCUAUCACCCUGAUGAUCACAUCCUGUGACUACCACUCAUCGUAAGCAGAACGUGCUCAGGCAGACAGAGCCGAGAGGAAACUCAGUGCUGCAGCUGCAGUGUGUGCUCCCAGCACUGGGAGAGCGGACAGAGUCAACCUAAAACAACUUAAUACCACGUCCUGUCUCAGUCAUCCCAUCACAAGGCUCACGUCCGGGGCUGUUUCUUGCCUUUCAGGUCUUAACAGAGCAGCAGGGCUGAACCUAUUGAUUUUUGGAGUCUCUUGGUGACCUGGCUGCAUCUGUUUCAGGAACUUCAACUUUCUGGUUCACUGGUGUGUUAAACAUAACACUGACUACCUUGCUGGGAUUCGAAUUUUUACUCAGAAGUGGCCCCCAUACCUUUUUUCUAGGCUGUGCCAAUAAAAGCUACUGGAAGGUUCCUGAGUUUAUUUAUUGU